CUUUGCCAAACAUGUAAAUCAAUCUUGCAUAACUUGCACUGCCUAUGCAAAUCCUCUUGCAAUGCUACUAAUAGCACUACUAUAAUCAUCACUUUUUCUAGCAAACAAAACGCUAGCAAUAUAAAUAACAUGCUUUUACCCUCUCUUAUCCUUGCUACCUACAUAAUUAGACUCUCUCCUUAG